AUGCGCACCUUCAAGCUGGCUCUCAGCGCGUGCGCCUCAUUGCUUCUCGUUGUCGUCUACGCCGAGCCAGUUUAUACGGCGUCGCUCGAGUGCCCAACCUUCUCUUGUGCGGGGUGUCCCGCAGGGUCGUAUAUAACCCUCAGCACCAUCAGUACCGCCUGCCCCUUCUGCGCCUGCGCACCGUACGCCACCACCAAGCCAACCACCCCGAGUUUGACGCCCGCAGCUCCCAUUAUCACGCCCCACCCGACCACCCCCACUCCACUUCUCGAAUGCCCAACGUUCUCUUGUCCAGGAUGCCCCACGGGUUCGUACAUAACCCUCAGCACCAUUGGCACCGCCUGCCCCUUCUGCGCCUGCGCGCCAUACGCCACCACCAAGCCCACUACACCGCUCCCAACGCCCAGCCCUCCAAUUAUAACGACCCACCCUAAUCCCACCACUCCGAAGCCACCUCUCGAAUGCCCGACCUUCUCCUGCCUCCCAUGCCCCGCCGGCUCGCAUGCAACCGUCACCGCAACUGCCCCGGUUUGCCCGACUUGCACCUGCGUGCCCAACGCCGUCACCACCACGCCGAAGGAUUGCGUCACUUUCAGCUGCGGUGGGUGCCCAACCUCGCAGCGCCCCACGCUCACCUCGAGCGCAGCAACAGCGUGCCCGACGUGCACCUGCGUCUCGCUCACUUCCACGCCGAGCAUUCCCGUGAACCCGUACCCGCCUGGGUGCCCCUACUUCAGCUGCUUCUCGUGUCCGACGGGAUUGACACAGGCGAUCACGAGUGUUAGUGGGACGAGGUGCCCGUUCUGCACCUGUUAUGAUAGCACGACGAUUACGAAGGCGGAGGUAGCAGCCGAGGCAGUGGCUACACCGGUGAUUACGGCGCCGCCCGCGUACUAUGGGGUGUGA